UUCAGACCGAAUCACGCUAUGGUUCGGUUUAGGAACCGGUACUUCCUCUGCGAGAUUAUCUCUGAAGACCCUCGCUGUCCGCAGUUCAUUGAGGAGCGCAUCGUGCACAAUGCGGUGAAGAAUGCGGUUGCAAGAAUACAUGGAGACUUUGGAGCCGCUUGUUGCUCUAAUGCUUUUUCAGUAAAAUACCUGAAUGCCUACACGAGAGUGGUUCUUUUCUGUUGCCGGAAAGAUUUUUAUCGGCUUCUGUGGUCGUCCCUUCCUUUUAUUACUCAGUUAGAAAAUAGGAGCCAACAUUGCCCCUGCUCUUUUAACACACUUCAUGUUGGAGCAACAAUACGGUCGUGUCAGACAUUCCUUUCAGUACAGCAGGGACCAGCUACUGCUGCGGAACUGUACCAGUGAAGGUAAUUAAUCAUAAUCUGGAAUGUUGGCAUGUCCCUGAGCAAAGCGCAGCCACUUCUUGUGGUUAGCCGGCAGCAGGUGCAGAUGGCCGAGGAGAGCGAUGACUCUGAUGAGGGGCCAGGACCAUCAGGGAGUGGACUGCUGCCUUCAA